AUGUUGGCAACUCGAACGCUACGCCCUGCGGCAAAAGCUACCCGUCUCCUUCAUCCCACCCCCGUUGCCGCUCGGUCGGCCCUUCAUACUCCAUGGCGAAGACUAGCAAGCAAUAAGUCGAGGAAGUCGGGUACGUCACCCAACUGGAUUGUCAACUCUCUGGGUGUGGCAGUUGCCGGCGCUGCGGCAUAUUUCGGUUAUUCCUACGUAAAUGGCGACUUCAAGGGUGCAUGGAUCGAGAGUCAGACAGGUGGAGAAAAGCAGGUCAUUGAUGUCAACGACCUUCGUGCCCAGUUUAUCCAGGAGAAACGAAGCCUGAAGAGCCCUGCGGUCUACAUAUGGGGCUCGAAUGCCUAUAAGGUGGUGGAUCCAGGAUCGAACGAUAAAGAUAUCAAGACUCCCCGGCGCUUCAAAUAUUUCAACGGCCAGGUCCUGCGGGAUUUCAAGGUCGACGAAAAGUCCGGCGCUGCGAUCACUGAAAGUGGCGAUCUCAUUCAGUGGGGCAAAGGGUUCUCCGAGACCGAUUUCAAGCCAAGCAAGACUUUGACUGGCAAGAACCUGAAAUCUGUCGCGCUGUCUGAAAACCGAGUCAUCGCGCUGUCCUCGGACGGGAGUGUUUUCUCUCUGCCUAUCUCGAAGGAGGAGCAAGGCACUGGCCCAAAGCCGCGGGAAAGUUCUUGGGUGCCUUUCUGGGCCGGUCAGUCUACUUUAAGCUAUCGCCUCCUGAAGCCCUCGUUGGGACUGGGUGAAAAGGUCACCGCUGUCUCAGCUGGCCAAGAGCAUGUCCUUCUGCUCACCAGCUCCGGCCGUGUGUUUACUGCUGCCGCGUCUACCGAACACUAUCCGUCACUUGGCCAGCUUGGCGUGUCUGGUUUGACCUGGUCCACACGGGCUAAGGGCCCGGUCGAUGCAUGCCAUGAGGUCACAGCUCUCAAAGGCUCCAAAGUUACUCAAAUCAGCACUGGCGACUAUCACGCUCUUGCGUUAACCAAGGAUGGGCGUGUGUUUGCUUGGGGUGACAAUUCCUUUGGCCAACUGGGCGUUGAAUAUGAGCCUGAACUGCCUUACAAAGACACUCCCUUCGCCCUUCCUCUGCACAAGCUCUAUGGACGAGGUAAAUAUUCAUCAACAGCUACCAAUAUUGCCGCAGGUGGAGCCGGCAGCUUCUUUAUGGUGGACGCCAAACGAAUUCUCGGCCCCGAGGAAGAACCCAAGGAUGUUCGUGACUUGAACAGCGUGACUGCCGAUACAUGGUCUUGCGGCCGGGGUAUCUGGGGCACCCUAGGCACUGGCCGGUGGAUCCAUCUGCAAGAUUCACCUUCCAAGGUGAAGGACUUGAGCGGACUGGCUGAGUACGACGAGAAGAAAAAGCAGAUGUCGCCGAUCCGCCUUCGCUACAUUUCUGUAGGCACAACUCACGUCGCUGCCGUAAUGGACAACAAGACAAGCGUUAGCUCGGAAACUACAGAGUCGCUCGACAAGUCGCGCGACUUUGGCCUUGAUGUGCUUUGGUGGGGAGGCAACGAGCAUUUCCAGCUGGGCACUGGAAAGCGAACCAAUCUGCCUCGGCCAAGCUAUAUCAAGGCGCCCUCAGAAUCGAAGAAGGAUGAGCCAGAAGCGCGGUUGCAAAUUAUGCCUCAACACAAGGGCAAGGUGGGCAACCGCUCUGUCAACAUGGAGCAGCGGGUGGAAUGUGGGCGUCACGUUUCUGCCAUUUACUCGGCUGUCUAA